AUGUUCAAAAUGCACAAUCCUUCAACUCAAACCGUUUCGUUAGGCAAAUCACCCGGUGCUCUAGCUAAUCGAAAUUUCACGAAGCACUUAAAUGAAUGGUGUCCGGAACAAAAUAAUGAAUUUGAUCCUUGGUGUGAUCCGGACUAUCCAAUGAUUAUUACAUACAAAGAUAUUGUUAAAGCCAAGAAUUUUCUCAAAAAAGAAUUUCACCCUACACCCUUGGUGGAGUCAAAACAUAAUCAUCGGUUUCCUAUGAAUAUUUAUUACAAACUGGAGACGUUUCAUCGCACAGGAAGCUUCAAAGAGCGUGGGGCUUUUUAUUCUCUAUCCAAACUAAGUACUGAACAAAAAGAAAUUGGUGUAAUCACGGCGUCUCUUGGAAACUGGGCUAUGGCUUUAGCAUGCUGUGGUCAAAAAUUAAAUAUUCCUGUAACUGUCGUGUUACCAGUCAUAGCUUCUAUGCGCGCAGACCAAAUAUGCCGAGAUUUUGGCGCGACCGUUGUAACGUUUGGGAAAAAUUUAGCCGAAGCAAAAAGAAAAGCAUUUACUAUGCUUACUAAUGCAAACCUAUCUUAUAUAAACGGAUAUGAUCAUCCCCACGUCAUAGCGGCAUCGGGUACAAUCGGUAUGGAAAUACUAAAGCAAUUGCCCAAAACAGAUGCCAUACUGGUGCCUGUGGGCGGCGGCAGUCUGCUCGCUGGCAUUGCCGUAGCCGUCAAACACAUCAAACCUGACGUCCUAGUUUAUGGCAUAGAGUCAGACAGAUGUCCCAGUUUUUCGAAAGCUUUAGAAAAAAGUGGCGUAUUCGAAACGGACCUGCAGCGUGGACUAGCGAAUUCGUUAGAAGUGUCAAUUGCCGGUUGUAAUGCAUUUGAAACUGCUAAAAACUUGAUCAAAUCAAUAAUUUUAAUAGACAAUGAUUGGAUAGCGAAAGCGCUGUUGCAUUUAAUAGAGGAUGAAAAAUUAAUAGUAGAAGGCGCUGCCGCUGUACCCCUCGCAUCUCUAAUGGCUCUUCCAAGAGCUUUAAUCGGGCUGAAAGAUAAAACAGUGGUUUGUGUUCUCAGCGGAGGUAAUUUAGAACCCUGUGUUCUUCAAUCUUUAGAAAGAGCUCAAGCGCUGGAGGGACGGUUAAUAACUGUGAAUGUGAAACUACCCGGACUGGAAAUAAACAACCUGCAGAAAAUAUUUAAUAUUAUUGCAAAAUUAGGUUGCAACGUAAUUCGACAUAAUGCGGAGAAGUCAUGGGGAGUAGAAAGCUAUAUGAACGAAAUUAACGUAUCGAUCAUUUGCGCAACCCGCGACCAAAAACAUGCACAUAUAGUGAAAAAAGUUACAGAAAAGUUCUUCCCAAAUAUUUGCAAAGUACAUCAAGAGGUUUUGUGCACUUCAGAAAAAUGUAAAUGUUAUUCUUGUAAAAACAAUAUGCAUAAAUAA